AUGAAUCCAGGUGACAUAUACACGCCCCCUCACGGGCAGCAACCGUACAAUCAACAACGGUCAGAUGGUUAUACUUCACCUACUCAUCAACAACAGCAACAACCACCUUACUCCUCACAUCACUAUCCUUCAGAUCCAGUACCACAACAACAUCUGACGCCCAUGACGAACCCUUACGAUACACCACCUCCGUUGAACCAAUCUUACUCAUCCCCUCAGCCUUUCCCUCAAGCUCAAUACUCAUCACCUUCAUAUGGAGAUCCAUUCAACCCACCACCGGCACCUCCUCCGAAUCAGGCUCAAGGUUGGGCAGAACAACCUGGGAACAGACAUCAUCAAUCAUUCCCAAAUCAGCCUUUAUCACCUUCACAUCAACCGCUUCCACCUCCGGGGAUCGGUGGAGCUGUUCCGAGAUAUUCUCUUCCGCCUCAACAGAAUUCCUACAAUUCACCAGCACCGUUAAGUCCGCCAAGAGCAAGAUUCGACUCCAAUGUAUCCUAUAAUUCUGCCCCAUACGGAUUAUCAGACAAUAGAUUAUCUUCCCCGCCACCUCUGAUGCCCCAUCAUUCAUCCUCAUCGUCAAUAACUGGAUUAGCAAAUAUUCAUCCUUCUUAUCCACCUCACGGAUACGGUAAUCAUGUGGCUGGAAAUCAAGAUGAUGACAUAAACGAUUCUGCCCCCUUACUAUCUCAUGCCGCUCCUGAUGCAAGGUUCUGUAUACCUCAAUCCACAAGUGCGAUGUCAAUGAGAUAUCAGUUGAACGACAAUGGUCCCGCUUCAAACUCAGGCAUGGGCCCAAGACAAAGCGAUGUUGGCGAUGUAGGCAUGAUUCCAGGUAGAUGGGAUGACAACGAGAAUCAACACAACGGUUAUGCAGCUCCUCCACACAUGGCAAACGAAGAUGACGAGGUCAACGUUCAUUAUGGUCCGUUACCAACUAGAGUGGUUAGAAGAAAUAGAACUCAAAAGAGAGUACAAUUGUUCCGAGGCCAUUUGGUGCUGGAUGUGGAUGUACCCUCAAUGUUGCUCGACCAAUGUUCUAUCAGGGAAGGUAACGAAUACACGAAAAUGAGAUACACAGCCGUUACCUGUGAUCCAAACGAUUUCGUUGAGGAUAAAUAUACUCUUCGGCAGAAAUUGUAUGAUCCGCCAAGACAGACUGAGCUUUUCAUUGUUAUUACGAUGUAUAACGAAGACGAUAUUCUGUUCUGCAGGACCAUGAGAGGUGUAAUGCAAAAUAUCGCUCAUUUGUGUACAAGAUCGAAGAGUAAAACUUGGGGUAAAGAAGGUUGGAAGAAGGUAGUCGUGUGUAUUGUAGCUGAUGGGCGAAUGAAAAUCAACCCACGGACAAGAUCUGUACUUGCAGCAUUAGGUGUCUAUCAGGAUGGAGUAGGAAAGAAUGUUGUCAAUGGAAAGCCUGUUACCGCCCAUUUGUAUGAAUAUACAACCCAACUGUCUAUCACGUCGAACGGUAAAAUUGGCCCUGGCGGCUCGAACACCGUGCCCAUACAAAUGAUAUUCUGUAUGAAGGAAAAAAAUCAGAAAAAGAUCAACAGUCAUCGAUGGUUUUUCAACGCUUUCGGAGCUUGCCUCAAGCCCAACGUUUGCGUCCUUCUCGAUGUUGGUACUCAGCCAGGUCCAGAUUCGAUAUACCAUCUUUGGAAAGCGUUUGACAUCAACUCUUCUGUAGGAGGAGCUUGUGGUGAAAUUGUAGCUUUGAAAGGGAUGUUCUGGAAAAACCUUCUAAACCCUCUAGUAGCUGCUCAAAAUUUCGAAUACAAGAUGUCGAAUAUCUUGGAUAAGCCCUUGGAAAGUAUCUUUGGUUAUAUUACGGUUCUACCCGGUGCUUUCUCCGCCUACAGAUACAUUGCCUUGCAAAAUGAUGAGAAAGGUAAUGGGCCCCUCCGGCAGUAUUUCGUUGGUGAGACAAUGCACGGUGCCGGAGCUGGUAUCUUUUCUGCAAACAUGUAUCUGGCUGAAGAUCGUAUCCUCUGUUGGGAAUUGGUUAGUAAGAGGCAAUGCAAGUGGACAUUACAUUAUGUCAAGUCCGCGUAUGCUAUAACAGAUGUACCGGACACUGUUCCAGAAUUAGUAUCUCAACGAAGGAGGUGGUUGAACGGUUCUUUUUUCGCUGCUAUACAUUCUAUCGUUCAUUUCGGAUACUUGUAUCGAUCAUCUCAUUCAUUCACAAGAAAACUUUUCCUGCAUGUAGAGCUAGUGUAUCAAACCUUGAGCAUGAUCUUCGCUUGGUUCGCUUUAGGAAACUUCUACAUUGCAUUUUUCGUCUUGACAAGCUCCCUUAACUCCCUUGGAACAGCAUGGAAAUAUGUCAACACACCAUUGCAUUAUUUGUAUAUAGCUUUACUACUUUGGUGCUUCCUUUUAGCAUUAGGUAAUAGACCCGCAGGGUCAAGAGUCGGUUACACUAGUAGUAUGGUCGGAUUCGCUUUGAUCACUAUAUAUAUGCUUUUUGCAGCUAUCUAUCUCGCUGUUAGAGGUAUCCAAACUAUCACAGCCGAUGGAUCGAUCAGUGCCGAUGAUAUUUUCGGUAACACGAUCUUCCGAAAUAUCGUUGUUUCGCUCCUCGCGACAUAUGGACUGUACAUUAUCUCUUCUUUACUGGCUUUAGAACCCUGGCAUAUGAUCACUUCCUUCUUACAGUAUCUCCUACUCGCGCCGAGUUAUACAAAUGUGCUCAAUGUCUAUGCAUUUUGUAACGUACAUGACGUGUCCUGGGGAACAAAAGGAUCUGACAAGGUCUCGGAGGAUUUAGGAGUAGUCAAAUCAGAUUCCAAGGAUGAAGUCACGGUCGAUGUACCUGUUGAACAACAAGACUUGAACGAAGUCUACGCCUCCGAAUUAAGGGUUUUAGCCAAUAAAGCCCCGAAAGAAAUAAAAACUAUUUCAGACGAUCAGAAGCAGGAAGAUUAUUACAAGAACGUCAGGACUAAUGUCCUUCUCGCUUGGACCAUGUCAAAUGGGGCCCUCGCCGCUGCUAUUCUCCAAACUAGUGGAGGAGAUAGUUCACUGGCAACUACAUAUAUGGGUAUCUUGUUAUAG